CAUCAUCCUGUUUCCUUUAAACAAUGGCUACAUGUUGUGGUAUUUCUUCUUCUCCUCUAGUUUCAAACACCCUCAUCUCAAAACCUUCACCGAAAUCCGCUCGCCCCGCCUUCUUCGCCCAGCCUAAUUCACGAAUGCGUACCAAACUCGUCCCCAUAAUAAAAGCUCAAUCCCAAAAUGAUCAUAAUAACUCCUCCAUUGAUGUUCAACUAAGUAAUAACACCCAAAACAAAGGUGCCGCGGUUGAAAAACGUCGUCCUUCGUCCUCUUCGUCCUCCAUAUCCCCCUUUGGUUUAUUGGAUCCAUUGUCUCCAAUGAGAACAAUGCGGCAAAUGUUGGACACAAUGGACCGAAUAUUUGAUGAUUCGAUGACAUUUCCUAUGAGGAGCCAAUCGGGUUGGAACAUUCGGGCUCCAUGGGACAUACAAGACGGUGAGAAUGAAAUCAAUAUGAGAUUUGAUGUGCCUGGACUAUCCAAGGAAGAUUUGAAGGUGUAUGUAGAGGAUAACAUGCUUGUUAUCAAAGGAGAACACAAGAAACAAGAGGAAGAACAAAAACAAAAUGAAGGAUGGGCUAGACAGAAUUAUAGUAGCUCGUAUCAGACUCGGAUUGAUUUGCCGGAUAAUUGUGUAAAAGAUAAAAUCAAAGCUGAUUUGAAAAAUGGUGUUCUUUUGAUCUCCAUUCCUAAGGUUAAAGUUGAACGAAAAGUAAUUGAUGUCGAAAUUCAGUAAUUAGUGUGUAAAUUUUACAGUUUUCCUGUGGAGAGAUACUAAUAAGAUGUAAUGAUGUAUUAUCAUGUAUGGAAACCUAAUGGAGUACUUGU